AUGGUCGAUAAUGCAAUGAUCUCGCAUCGCAAGCGCAUGAACAACGUCCGUGUGAAUGCUCUUGCGGGAAAGUACAACAUACCUAUGCUGAAAGAGUUUAAGUUCAAAAUAGGCAAAUUCGCUUGCGAUUUCUUUCACUAUCGAGAGAUCAUCAACGCAAUCUUCGAGAAUACUCCUGACUCGGAUUUGGGGCUACGUAAUACUGUCGUCUCUAGGUGUGCAAAUGCACGCAAUCUGGAGAAGUGUCUCAAUUAG